GCUGGUCUGGAGGCGGGGUUUAACGUGGCCCCGCCCUCUUGUACAUCACGGUCAGAAACUGGCGGGUGAUUUCGAAUCAGUUGUUCACGGAAACCGGGCUGUGCGGGGUUUAUCCUGUGUCUUUCACGCAAAAGAAAAAAAAAAUUGACAAUGGACUGUUUAAACGUACCGAGGAUUAUGCCAAAUUCUCCAAGAAAAACACGGGGACAGAUUCAGGUUAUUUUUGGACCAAUGUUCUCAGGGAAAAGUACCGAGCUGAUGAGGAGAGUGCGGCGCUUUCAGAUUGCCCAAUACAACUGCUUACUGAUCAAAUAUGCCAAAGACAUGCGUUACUCCGACACGGGCAUGGCCACACAUGACAAAAAUACAAUGGAGGCCGUGCCAGCUAACUGCCUGCGAGAUGUCUGGUCUCGUGCACUAGAGGCCUGCGUCAUCGGCAUUGAUGAAGGCCAAUUUUUCCCAGACACUGUUGAAUUCUGUGAGGCCAUGGCAAACAUGGGGAAGACGAUUAUUGUCGCAGCACUCGAUGGCACGUUUCAGAGGAAGCCCUUUGGCAGCAUACUGAACCUGGUCCCUUUGGCUGAGAGUGUGGUGAAGCUGAAUGCAGUCUGUAUGCAGUGCUUUAAAGAGGCGUCCUAUACUAAGAGACUUGGAGCAGAGCAAGAAGUGGAGGUGAUUGGAGGAGCUGAUAAAUACCAAGCAGUGUGCAGGGUGUGUUAUGGAGGCCUGGUGGCGAAUAAAGAGAACUGUGCUCCCCAGAGGGAUGAGACACCCCCUCACAUUCUGAAGGGGAAGCAGGUGGACUACUGUGCGUCACGCAAGCUUUUCGCUUCCCUUCAUUUAUGAACACGUUCUGUACACUAGAGUAUUAACUAAUUUAAACAGUGAACCAGUUGCUGCAACAGCCACAAUACCUUGUAAAUUGAGCACUCACUGCAAAAUUCUAAGAUAUAGGAGUGUGUGAGAUAUAGUGCUGAGUGCUAUAGAGGAAUUAUAUAUUAAUUUUAAAAUGUUUGUCUGUCUGUCACUUUAUAUUCUGUAACUGUGUGUUUUAAUAAAAUGUCAAUUUGGAUUUGACACUAAA